AUGAUACUUUCUGUUUCGUCGAGCCCUGCUUUGGUCUCUGGUUUGAUGGUUGUACGUGCUAAAAAUCCGGUACAUUCCGUUUCGUUUCCCAUCCCAGUCUUUCGCGACACUUCUGGUUUACUUAUUUUGUUAGGUCUCGACUUCUCCGCUAUGAUCUCCCCAGUAGUUCAUAUAGGAGCUAUAGCCGUUUCAUUCCUAUUCGUGGUUAUGAUGUUCAAUAUUCAAAUAGCGGAGAUUCACGAAGAAGUAUUGCGCUAUUUACCAGUGAGUGGUAUUAUUGGACUGAUCCUUUGGUGGGAAAUGUUCUUCAUUUUAGAUAAUGAAACCAUUCCAUUACUACCAACCCACAGAAAUACGACCUCUCUGAGAUAUACGGUUCAUGCCGGAAAGGUACGAAGUUGGACUAAUUUGGAAACAUUGGGCAAUUUACUUUAUACCUACUAUUCCGUCUGGUUUUUGCUUCCUAGUCUGAUUUUAUUAGUAGCCAUGAUUGGGGCUAUAGUACUUACUAUGCAUAGGACUACAAAGGUGAAAAGACAGGAUGUAUUCCGACGAAAUGCGUUGGAUUCCAGGAGGACUAUUAUGAGGAGGACGACAGAUAGACCACGAUCCGAAAUAAGGGGAAGCUGUGGUUCGAAUCCACGUCGUGGUGAGCAAAGUGCAGUUUUCUUCGCAGGAGCGCCUUGUCUUGCUAGUGCAGUAUAG